ACAGUCCUCACAAUCUAUGACGGUGCCUGCCAUAAAUGUGGGCGAAAUGUCAGGAGAGAAUGCCGUAUUGACCAUACAGCCCGGAAGACUCACAACAACCCAUCGUUCGGAGGGUUUCUCUCUGUCUCUCAUAGGCUGAGAGGGUGUGACCUGCCCGGCUUCAUUCCAUGCCCAAGCGGUGAUUCGAACCUGCUCCUGUUUAAAUUAUACAUGAUUAUAAUAUUCAGCCCAUUCGCCUUUUCUGUAUUCUACCCGUGUGUUUCACACUUGACACUCUUUUAAUCCCAAUUUGCUCCCCAAGGCGGUUGCCCAGCGCUCAAAGUGCCAAACCGCUCUGGCUGGACUCUGCUCGGUAUGAUAUGGGUGUUGCAGGUACAGUAGAGUCUCACUUAUCCAAGCUAAACGGGCCGGCAGAAGCUUGGAUAAGCGAAUAUCUUGGAUAAUAAGGAGGGAUUAAGGAAAAGCCUAUUAAACAUCAAAUUAGGUUAUGAUUUUACAAAUUAAGCACCAAAACAUCAUGUUAUACAACAAAUUCGACAGAAAAAGUAGUUCAAUACGCAGUAAUGUUAUGUUGUAAUUACUGUAUUUACGAAUUUAGCACCAAAAUAUCACGAUAUAUUGAAAACAUUGACUACAAAAAUGGCUUGGAUAAUCCAGAGGCUUGGAUAAGUGAGACUCUACUGUAUUAUUAGCUAAUUAAGUAAUUCCAGACCAUGCAUUCUUGCGGUUUUCUACUCAUUGCGUUUCAGGCUUCAUUUAAUAGCGGGGAUCAGCGAGCCCAGAGACCCAGAGAUUCGUUCCCAUGGCUCAAAACUCAUGCCAUCUCAUCUGGCAGUUUCGUGCUCUGGCAGUUUCGUGCCACUCAUCCCUAAGCCCAUCUGUCCAUGCCGUGGCUUUUGUUCAUUGUUGAGCUGUCGCCCUGCCCUUCUUCGAUGUAUUGUAAUCAAAUUUGGGUCUGAAGUGCAGCAACGGCUUUCUCCGUUUCUGGGAUCCCAGAGGCUUAUUAAGGGAAGUGAACCGAGACGACCGCCCUUCUCCUCUGAUAAAUCUGGAGCAGCACUGUUAACAUUAUCCGUAAGAGCAGAAGCAAGGAAAACGCACAGCAACCCAGACCCAAGAAUCAUCUUCCCUAGGACAGCUGGGCAACACAGGCAGCCCAGUUUGGCUGGACCAAGGCGGAGACUAAAAGGAAAAUAAAUGGGUGAAACUCAGGAAAGAAAAGAAGGAUGGCAGUCCAGUUGUGCCUUGGAUCCACAAGCGAAAGAAAAUGCAAUAAUGGAUGAAAUCAUCAAAAUAGAAGACUCUCAUUUGAAGGAAGAGGACUCUACAAAUGAGUGUGCCUGGAAAAGCUCUUUAUGCCUCAGAAGGAAAAAGGGAUCCAAUGCAAAAUACAGACUACCUUUGAGCUUGGCAAUUGUGAGCCUGAUAAUAAUUAUAAUUCUCAUUAUAUUAUCUGUGAGAAGAUGUGAAAUAUGUCCAGAUCCUGCUCCUCUCCUCCCUUAUGAUCUCUGUCCAAACAGCUGGAUUGGGUUCCAGAGAAAAUGCUACUACUUUUCAGAGGCUGAAGGAAACUGGACAUCUAGUAGCCUCCACUGUUCUUCUCACAAUGCCUCUCUGGCUGUGAUUGAUUCACAAGAAGAAAUGCAUUUUCUUUUACGUUAUAAAAGCCCUCCUGACCAUUGGAUUGGUCUCCGAAGAGAUAAUCCAGAGCAGCCCUGGAAAUGGAUCAAUGGUACCAUUUUCCGCAAACGGUUUACAAUUUAUGGCGGAGGAAGGUGUGCAUAUAUGAUCUCUGAUGCUAUUGCCAGCUCUAGCUGCUCAAGAGAAGAACACUGGAUCUGCAGCAAACCAAUUGAGAACUGGUAUCAUGUCACUGUCUGAAUCCAGCCUUUGUUAGCACAUGUAUUGGUCCAGCCAUUGAAUGUACUGGACCUCUGCCUUGCUCAGCAUGCCAACACUGGAAGCUUUCUGUCUUUUCUGUCAGAGAAAAGCACUUGAAAUUGAGCAAGAUUAUUCACUUAUGUGGGACUAUAUUUGUGUCCUAUAAUGCCAGACAGUCCUGGAGACUUUUGGCUUCCCCAAACCAGUUUUCCUCAGCAACUGCUCUGGAGGCCCUGAAGCAUUGCCAGGCAAAUAGUCAACUGCCAGUCGUACUCCAGCUCCAGGUGUUGACAAUAAUAACUUCAUUAAUAACUUUAUUCUUAUAACCCACUGUAAAAGGAUCCAACUAUUAUUUAAGGCAGGGAGGAAUUUUGUGUUAUCCCACCACUGCCACAAUUAAAUAUGUAUGUGAGGCAUGAGACUUGACUGGCAGGGGAUAAUCUUUAUUUCAAAAUCUCAGCCACUGCCAACAAUAUACAUAUAUGUGUGUGCGCGCGUGUAUGAGUCAAAGAGGUGCUGAGGGGAGAGUGAUGGACGAAUCCUCGCAGACUCUGUGAAGUGCAGUUCACAACUCGAAGACACUGUUGAAAUUAUAAAUAAAUAUUUUUUAUGAAUUCUUUG